AUGUCGUCGCUAGAAUCUAUCAACGAGAAAAAGCGAGUCUCAACAGAGGCAGUUGACGUUUCCACGGACGAAGACGCCGAUGUCGCGCUGCGGUAUCUCAAAAAUGUACAUGCAGAAGACGUGGCGCUGGGCAAAGACGGGACUGGUGAGCAAGUCACGAACGGCGAACACCAGACCUACUAUGGUACACACACUUUGGAACCACGCUUGCUUCGCAAAGUGGACUGCUACAUUUUGCCGUUUCUCUGCUGCACGUACUUUUUCAUGUUUCUGGACAAGGCGCUGCUCAACUACGCGGCCACAAUGGGCAUCAAGCAACACUUGAAGGGCAACGAGUUUUCGAAUCUCGGUACCAUCUUUUCGGCCGCAUACAUCUUCGCAGAGCCCUUUGUCACGUACUGCAUCCAGCGCUGGCCCAUUUCCAAGGUCAUGGGUACGUUAAUCACCCUGUGGGGCAUUGUCCUGGCAUGCCACUCGGCCUGCAAGUCGUAUGCGUCGCUUAUGAUCGUCAGAGUGUUGCUGGGUAUGUUUGAAUCCAGUAGUGCCGUCGGCUGCAUUGCCAUCAGUGGUAUGUAUUACACCAAGUCUGAGCAGUCUGCCAGAAUUGGGUUUUGGGCCACACAGGCAGGUACUGGCUACAUUGUAGGAGGCCUCAUUUCCUUCGGGUUUCUUCACUACCAUGGUACUGUCUUUACCUCUUGGCAAAUCAUGUUUCUGGUGGUGGGGCUCAUUACGGUGGUCUUUGGAAUUGCUACGUUCAUUUACCUACCAAAUAACGUCACCAACGCUUGGUUCUUGACUGACACCGAAAAGAUUGAAGUGCUCCGCCACAUCAAAGCUAACCAAACGGGGCACGAAAACAAGAAAUUCAAGAAACACCAACUGAAGGAACUUUUUUUGCACGACAAAUUCACUUACCCAAUGCUCCUUAUUACUGCCUGUUCACAGAUAUCUACCGGCGCUAUUGGUACUUUUUCCGUCACUAUUACACAGACGUUCGGAUUUGAUAAUUAUCAAUCCGCGCUUCUGCAGUUACCAAUUGGUACCAUUACUGCUAUGAUCAUCCUCAUCACCACUCAGAUGCUGGCAUAUUUUGGUAACUUCACGCUGAUCACUACCUCAAUGUAUAUACCAGCGAUUAUCGGUUGCAUCGUCAUGCUAGCUCUCCCGCUGUCUCACAAGAUCGGCAACUUGUUUGCACUUUAUUUGCUUUACAGUGGUUCCUGUGUUAUCACCAAUAUCUACAUUUGGAAUAGCUGUAACACAUCCGGCUAUUCCAAACGUGUUUACCGUAAUGCAAUCACCAUGAUUGUUUACAAUGUUGCCUGCAUUGUGGCACCACAAAUGUUUAGAGCCAGCUCUUACCCAAGAUAUGUUCCUGCCAAGAUUGCACUCUUGGUGACCCAAUGCGUUUGUGUACCAUUGCAAUUGUACGUCGGAUACCUUUGCAGGAAGGAAAACCGAGCUAGAGACAAGGAACAAGAGGGUGAGCAAAAAUCUGAAGCCCAAUUUCUGGACCUCACUGAUAUUGAAAACAGAAGCUUCAGGUACUUCUAUUAG